CGGCUGGCGGCGGGCAGCGGCGCGGCUGGGCUCGGCUCGGCUCGGCUCGGCUCCCGAGGCCGGUCUCUCUCGCUGCGGCUCCCGCCGAGGUCCGGGCGGUGCGCGGUGUCCCCGGCGCCGCCAAUGAAGGCAGCUGCGGGCGGCGGCGGGGCCGCGGCCGGGUGAGGCGGUUGCCGGUGCGGUGAGCGGAGCGGCGGGGCGGGCGUCCCGGCGGAGCCGGCCUCGCGGCGGAGCCCGCGCCCUCCCGCAAGAUGUCAUCGCAGGGCAAGUUCAAGAAGGACAAAGAGAUCAUCGCCGACUACGAGGCGCAGGUCAAAGAAAUCCGAACUCAGCUGGUCGAGCAGUUCAAAUGUCUGGAGCAGCAGUCGGAGUCGCGCCUGCAACUGCUGCAGGACCUGCAGGAGUUCUUCCGCAGGAAGGCUGAGAUCGAGCUGGAGUACUCCAGGAGCCUGGAGAAACUGGCUGAACGAUUCUCCUCCAAGAUACGCAGCUCCAGAGAGCACCAGUUCAAGAAAGAUCAGCACCUACUUUCCCCUGUGAACUGCUGGUACCUGGUUCUGACGCAGACCCGUCGAGAGAGCAGAGAUCACGCCACCCUGAAUGACAUCUUCAUGAACAAUGUCAUCGUUCGGCUGUCACAGAUCAGUGAGGAUGUCAUCAGGCUCUUUAAAAAGAGUAAGGAGAUUGGCUUACAGAUGCAUGAAGAACUCCUGAAAGUCACCAAUGAGCUUUACACGGUGAUGAAGACCUACCACAUGUACCAUGCAGAAAGCAUCAGCGCUGAGAGCAAGCUGAAGGAGGCAGAGAAGCAGGAGGAAAAGCAGUUCAACAAGUCGGGGGACAUCAGCGUGAACCUGCUGCGGCACGAGGACAGGCCUCAGCGGCGGAGCUCUGUCAAGAAGAUUGAGAAGAUGAAGGAGAAGAGACAAGCCAAGUAUUCUGAAAACAAGCUGAAGUGUACUAAAGCCAGGAACGACUACCUGCUGAACCUGGCAGCCACCAACGCAGCUGUCAGUAAAUACUACAUCCACGAUGUCUCUGACCUCAUUGAUUGCUGUGAUCUGGGAUUCCACGCCAGCCUCGCUCGGACAUUCAGGACGUACCUGUCUGCUGAGUACAACCUGGAAACCUCCCGCCACGAGGGCCUGGACAUCAUUGAGAAUGCUGUGGACAACCUGGAUGCACGGAGCGACAAGCACACCAUCAUGGACAUGUGCAACCAGGUCUUCUGCCCUCCACUGAAGUUCGAGUUCCAGCCUCACAUGGGGGAUGAGGUGUGUCAGGUCAGCGCCCAGCAGCCUGUGCAGACCGAGUUGCUGAUGCGGUACCACCAGCUGCAGUCGCGACUAGCCACCCUCAAGAUAGAGAAUGAAGAGGUACGAAAAACUCUGGAUGCCACAAUGCAGACUUUGCAGGACAUGCUGACAGUGGAAGAUUUUGAUGUUUCAGAUGCCUUCCAGCAUAGCCGCUCCACUGAGUCGGUCAAAUCAGCUGCAUCAGAGACCUACAUGAGUAAAAUAAACAUCGCCAAGAGGAGAGCCAACCAGCAGGAAACUGAAAUGUUCUAUUUUACAAAAUUUAAAGAGUAUUUGAAUGGCAGUAACCUUAUCACGAAGCUCCAGGCUAAACACGACUUGCUGAAGCAGACUCUUGGAGAAGGUGAAAGAGCUGAAUGCGGAACAACCAGGCCCCCAUGUCUUCCCCCUAAGCCACAGAAAAUGAGGAGACCUAGGCCUCUCUCAGUCUAUAAUCAUAAACUCUUUAACGGCAAUAUGGAAACGUUCAUUAAGGAUUCAGGACAGGCUAUUCCACUUGUAGUAGAAAGCUGCAUUCGUUACAUCAAUUUGUACGGCCUUCAGCAGCAGGGCAUUUUCAGAGUCCCUGGCUCCCAGGUGGAAGUCAACGACAUCAAGAAUUCGUUUGAGAGAGGUGAAGAUCCCCUUGCCGAUGAUCAAAAUGAACGUGACAUUAAUUCAGUGGCUGGAGUCUUGAAGCUGUAUUUCCGAGGACUGGAAAACCCCCUCUUUCCUAAGGAAAGGUUUCAAGAUUUGAUAUCUACUAUAAAAAUCGAGAACCCCACUGAGAGAGUGCACCAGAUCCAGCAAAUCAUUGUCACUCUGCCCCGGGCUGUCAUCGUUGUCAUGAGAUAUCUUUUUGCUUUCCUUAAUCACUUGUCGCAGUACAGCGAUGAGAACAUGAUGGAUCCCUACAACUUGGCCAUCUGCUUUGGGCCCACUCUGAUGCACAUUCCAGAUGGGCAGGAUCCGGUGUCCUGCCAAGCCCAUGUCAAUGAGGUCAUCAAAACCAUCAUCAUUAAUCACGAGGGCAUCUUCCCCAGCCACAGAGAGCUGGAAGGACCUGUCUACGAGAAGUGCAUGACUGGAGGGGAGGAGUACUGUGACAGCCCACACAGUGAGCCAGGCACCAUUGAUGAAGUUGACCAUGACAACGGCACGGAGCCACACACCAGUGAUGAUGAAGUGGAGCAGAUUGAAGCCAUAGCAAAGUUUGACUACAUUGGACGAUCUCCACGAGAGCUCUCCUUUAAGAAAGGAGCUUCACUCCUCCUGUACCAUCGGGCAUCAGAAGACUGGUGGGAAGGGAGACAUAAUGGUGUGGAUGGCCUCAUACCCCACCAAUACAUUGUGGUGCAGGACAUGGAUGAUGCGUUCUCUGACAGCCUGAGUCAGAAGGCGGACAGCGAGGCAAGCAGCGGACCACUGCUGGAUGAUAAAGCCUCUUCCAAGAACGACAUCCAGUCUCCGACGGAUCAUAUCGUGGACUAUGGCUUUGGGGGAGUAAUGGGCCGAGUGAGAUUGAGGUCUGACGGUGCAGCUAUCCCUCGCCGUCGAAGUGGGGGGGACACCCACAGCCCACCCCGAGGGAUGGGUCCUGGCAUAGACACUCCUCCUCGAGCAGCGGCCUGCCCUAGCAGCCCCCACAAAAUACCUCUUAACAGGGGCAGGAUUGAGAGUCCUGAAAAGCGCAGAAUGGCGACAUUCGGCAGUGCAGGCAGCAUCAAUUUCCCAGACAGGAAGGCCUUGUCUGAUGGCCACCCGCUGAGAUCGACCUGUGGAUCGACUAGACACAGUAGUCUUGGAGAUCAGAAAUCUCUAGAAGCAGAAGCACUUGCUGAGGAUAUCGAGAAGACCAUGAGCACGGCGCUGAACGAACUGCGGGAGCUGGAGAGGCAGAACACGGCCAAGCAGGCCCCCGACGUGGUCCUGGACACGCUGGAGCCCAUGAAGAACCCCCCGAUGGGUGCCGCCAACUCGGAGCCCGCCAGCCCCCUCCACACCAUCCUGAUCCGGGACCCUGACGCUGCCAUGCGGCGCAGCAGCAGCUCCACCACGGAGAUGAUGACCACCUUCAAGCCGGCGCUGUCGGCCCGGCUGGCCGGGGCUCAGCUGCGGCCCCCGCCGAUGCGGCCGGUGCGGCCGGUGGUGCAGCACCGCUCCAGCAGCAGCAGCAGCUCAGGGGUGGGCAGCCCCGCCGUCACCCCCACCGAGAAGCUCUUCCCCAGCAGCUCGACGGAUAAAUCGGGCACCAUGUAGGCUGGGGCGCGGGGACUGCGGUGGGGAGAGCCAGCGCCUGGAUGGUGGGAGCAGGGCCGGCAGCUCGGCAAAGCCUCUCUCGGCCAAGCGGGAAGUCAAAACCGUGCUCAAGAGGAACCUCUCCAAAAGGGGAACAAGUGCGUAGCCUAGGCCUGAUGGUUGAUUGUACAUACGUGUGUGUGUGUGUGUGUGUGUAUGUACAUAUGUGUGCACACACACGCCCGUCCAUGCAGAAACACUUCCCAAGCUUGCAGUCCUACAGCAGGAGGAGACGGCGGGUCUAUGUGUUGGCACUGGAGAAUACACGCUAUAUGUAGAAGUAUAUAUUAAAAAAAAUAAGUGUACAGAAUUCGGUGACUUUUUUAAAAAAAGUAGAUUUACCUCAGAAACUGGCUCUGAAAUGUCCUCUCUAGAGAUGUUGGGUUGAUUUGGGUUUUUUCCCAGGCUAUUCGUGUGCGUAUGUGUGCGUGGAGAUACAUAGCAGCUGUGCGUCGAGCAAUACAAGGCCAAUCCUGGAAUUUAUUUUCUGCACCUUGUGGCAUUUAAAAAAAAAAAGGGGGAGGGGGGCAGGGGGUAGAUACAGUGGGUUUUGUUCAGUGCUGGCCUAUGGAGAAGAGCUGGAAAUUCAUAAAUGCCAGUGUGUGUCAGGCUGGCUGGAGUGUCUUUUCAAGCUGAAUCCCGAGACGCCUUCGCGUGUGCUGUGACGCCCCGGCCAGCGGCACCCGGCAGGAGCGGGGACAGAAAACGAGGUGUACUCCAUUGGCUUCACGCAGAGAGGAGGAGGACGUUGCUGCUGCACCGGGGCACAGUGCUGCCCUGCCUGCACCAUGGGGUCCACAGAACUCCGAUUUUCUUGAAGAUUUCAGAAUGAACAAGGACUAGUGACAAACCUGUGGUAAAGCAUAAAUAGAGUAACUUACAGAGUUUUGAGAUGCUUCAUUUCCCUUUCCCCACACUCUUCUUUUUCUUUUCUUUUUCUUUUUUUUUAAAAAAACCUAAUGAUGUCUCAACAGAUGGGACUAAACAGGCGAGGAGGCUUUGGUACAGCAACGUUCCUUUAUUUGAAGUUGCACAGCAGUACAUGAGGGUCUUGAUUCAGAUUGCAUCUUCUUGCAUGAAAAGCAUGAGCCAUAUUUGACCGUAUCAGAUACGGAACCGAUCUGAUGGGGUGAUAUUUUGCACUUUCUGUACUGUACUAUAUAAUACAACAGUUUGAGUUUAUGCAAAAGAAUCUACAUUUUGUUUUUCCUCUGAACAUUUAACCCAGAGAAAAAAUAUGCAGAAAGAGCUGGGGAUUGCAUGGUACUUUGUCUGAUAAUCAAGUCUCUUCUGUAAGCGCUGAAUUCAAGACACUCUGUGCUUCUCCUGCAGUUUUUUUCUUCUUGUACAGAUUUCCAUGCAAUGACCCGUGGUUUAAUUUGGUCACGUCCAUAUGAUCACGUACAGCCCCACAGUGAAACGGGCCAUGGUGAGUCUCUUCAGCUGCAUAGAAGAGCUGCACUAAUGGCUCCUUCAUGUUCAUCCUUUCUUCCCGCUAUCUCUGAUUUCUGCUGUUCUGUCUGUCCCUGGGCGAAGAAGCUAGCGAGCUCUCCUGCCUCAUCCAGCAGUUGCCUGCCCCUGCCCAGGGCUUGUUUUUGUUCCCCCCUUCAUCCUCCUCCUCUCCCCAGCACCGCUGCAGACCCCAGCUCGCAGGUGGCCGGAGGAGCAGCCUGACUUCCAGAAGGCAGCGCAGGGGCCGGCCGGGGCGGCCGAGCCCACCGCUCCUGCCGCAGCUCACGUCUCGGCUGGGGAGCUCACCCGGAACGCAUCCGUGGGCACAGCCGCCCCGAGCCGGGGGCCGGCAGGUACCCCCACGCGCCGGGUACGGAGCCAGCGUCGCAAACCCGGUGGGACUGGCCGCUGUUCGUUCCUGUGCCCAGCGCACAAGCAUGUGUCCCUUCCACACCCCGCUCCUGGCCGGCUCCUGCCCCUGCCAGUCCGUGUAUAUAUAUUGCUGUACUUGCUUAAAUGCUGGAAAGUAACUGUUAACAUGUAAACUGUACAAAAUGUAGGCUAAGAUUAGAUGAAAGCCAAUGCCACUCACCAAAUCUUUGCACUUAGUAGGUAGCUCAAUGUAAAAAUAAAACCCAAUAAUAAUAAUGAUAAUAAAAAAAGAGAUAAAAAAAACAAAGCCGCAAAGCUAACCUUUCAGUGUACAGUGGGGGAGAAGUACUGUAUGUAGUGAUUCUGUCAUUGUUCCUCCGUAUAAUGCUGUAAGGGGAAAUGGUGUUUAUGUACUUGUCUAUUAACAUUGUUGACAUUUGUAAUUACCACAAUUGGUUCAUACUGAUGUUUAUUUUUCUUCAUAAUUUUUCUCCCCUUUCCUAACUUAGGCUAACCCUGAGGUCAAUGCCUCUGUCAUUACGGGCAGCAGAUGUUCAAACAGUCUGUCAGUCUGGUCUAGUAAUGAACCAGCAAAUGUGCUUUUAGGGGGAGGGAAGGAACCCAUUUGGCACGAGAGCUGUGUAUUCGUUGCCAGUAAUUAUUUUUUUUUCCAUUUAGUUCCUGGAGAACAUUCACUUUGCCAGUCUUCUGGUUUUUUUAUAUACUUUCAAAGAUGACUUGAUAGCAAAACCGUGUUUAUUAGGGGUUUUUUUUUUUCCUCCCUUCUUACUUUUGGAGAUACGGUACAAGUUCCAGUGUCUUUCUGUUAAAUUAUUGCCUUUCGUUUUCCUUUGUUUCGUUUUGUUGUGGGUUUUUAAUACAAUUGUUUUCUUAUCUUUAAGUGCCUUUUUGAGCACCAGAACAAAUGCUUGGAGUUAAUGUCCUAGGAGCUGUACACAUCAUAAUUUCCUUUGUACAGUUGCGUUGUGCUGGGGGUGAUUGCCUUUAAAGUCCUUUUUAAUUUUUUUUUUAAAGAAAAGAAAACGAGGACAUUUUGUUGAAGAAUAAACUACCCCUUUUUAAUACGGUAUUCAAAUUGUAGUUUUAACUACUGUAAAUUUAAGGGAAGAAAUGUAUUUUUCUGCAAGCUAACUUGGCACAAAAUUGAAACACGUACAUUGUAGGAGUAUCACAACUGGAACCUGCUCAUGUUUUAUGAGUAACUUUACCCCGAUCCUCGAUACCUCUCUAAAGGCGUAAAGACUGUAGGCUUCAGAGAGUUCACAGAGCUUUCACUGUGAAAACUUACGGCCGAGUCGCUGACGUGAGCAGGCGGUGGGAGUGCCCUGCCUCCCACUGCCCCGCCGGGUGAGGGUCCAGAGGCACCGGCACAGCCCCUCCGCGGGGACACGGCCGCCAAGAGGAGGGCAUCUUCACGGAGCGGUUGUUUCUCUGCUGUGCAGAGCGAGUGCCGACCCCCGGCUCGGCUCCUGCAGACCCCGCCGGGUCCCCGCGGACCUGCCCCGUCCCGCCCCGCGGUGCCGUGGCCGCCUCCGGAGGGGCAGCUUGGCGCUUGCCCACCCUCCCCGGGGCUCGGCGUUGCCUUCGGCGCUGCUGCCUCGAAAGCAACGGCACCCACGGCGGUCUCUUCUCUGUACAGACUCUUCAGCGAUGCGCGCGAGUGAGUCGGUCCCCGGGGUGGUGAUGACAGUGCACUUUCUUCCUUAGGCCGAAGUACCCCUGGUAGGUCAUUUUUGUAAACCCUGGACUGUGUUAUUUAACUAGCGGUGUUGUGGUUUUCACGGUGCGGCAGUAGAUGUCCCGAGUCUGAUCUGCUUCCGAGUGGCUGGGCUGCGUAGUCUGGUGGGGAUGGGUUUGGUUACGCCGGGAAGCCGAAGGAAACCGCUGGCUGGCUGCCCUUUGUAACGGUCGUCCUCCUCCUCUGGUGUUGUCUCUGUAACGUAUGGUGAGAUGCCGUUCAGCUAGAGUGUCUGAGUGGGUCCUCUGUCAUGUAUGCUGAUGAUGCCAUGUAGAUGAAGCCACUGGUCGGGUGUGGACUCAUCCCGUUGAAUAAAACUGCUUAACUUUUCUCAAAAA